AUGCCACUUGGACCUCAAUGCUGGACGUGCCUUCGAGGUCGCGUCCGGUGUGACGGCCUCUAUCCGUCCUGCUCGACUUGUAAGAAUCUCGGUGUCGCGUGCGAUGGCUACGAUGAGGAGGCACGUGGCCACGUAGCUGUGCAGGAGGGCCAUGCGAACCGGCGGCACCUGGACUCUGGGGGCAGGGCCUCCGGUGCAAAGGAUUCGGAGCCAUCCGAGUUCACGUCUGAUCAGAUCAUGAAGCCGACUGCAACAAGAUCGCCCCUGUUUAGUCAACCCGUUCCGUCGCUGUAUCGAAGAGCACAAAUGAUCUUUGAGGGGCUGGAUUAUUUCAAUAAGAUGAUAUGUCCAGAUCUGGUGUCUCUCGAGAGCCACUUUAACCCAUACAAAGUCAACAUUCAAACUGUCGACAGGAUUCCCGAUAUCUACGUCAAAGUUCUUGUCUCCGUUGCGAGCUUCCAUAGGCUCAUGUCGUACGGGCCAGAACCGACUCCAUCAUCAGCACUCGUACAACGGGAUGCCGAUGUUUUUGCCUUGCGCGUGGAGGCGCUGCAAGGACUGAACGAAAAGCUGAGUAUGCCGGAAGAACAAACGAGCGAUGCGACUUUACUGUGUGUUCUUUCUCUCAUGGUUGCUUCGAUUCAAGCUUCCGCCUAUACAGAGUGGCGAGCACAUCUCGAAGGUGCGAGAAGGAUCAUUCAGAUGAGAGGAAGCCUGAAAAAGAUCAUCUCUGUGAACCCAUACUUCAAACCAGUAUUAACCUUCUUUAUGCUGAUUGAUGUAAUUGGCUCGACCACGACUCCAUCAACUCACAAAGAUAUGCCAGUGGCAUGUAACAUGGCGAUGCAGUACUGGGAUAUCGAGCCUGGAGUCCUGCAAUUUGUCGCCACUACUUGCAUCCCAGUGCCCGACGUCUUGUUCAGGGUCAUUACCUUGGUAAACUAUCUGCGCACGAUAGCCAACAAGCCCAGCCUCCGCGCCAAGCGACGAUCCGGGACAAAGAUGGCCAUCCAAAAGGUCAUGGACUUUUCGCCCACCGACUACUCGACCAUCAUGCGCAACUUUAAUGGUUGGGCAACGAGCGGCAAGGAGGUGAGCUUUAGCGAGGAGCCCAAACUCGCGCCGUCCACCUCGUCGCGCGACCCCCGGGGCAGCAGCACGUCCUCGUCUCCGGCGACGGACUCGCCCUCUCAGAAGCCCGCGCAUGACCUCUGGCUCGGCCUCGGCGUCAUGUACCGCGCCGCCACACUCCUGUACGCGCUCCGCACCCUCGUAGUGGACUCUGAAGACGGGACAGCGCAUCUUCUUCCCGCAGAAAUCUCCGUCAGCGUCGAGUCGCUCCGACAGGAAACGUUUGAGCUGCUCUACGGAGCACUGGUCCCGGUCUUUGCCGACCCGGUGAGCAUGCACCAGAUUGGAAAACUGAUCAUGUGGCCGUUAUUCAUGCUCGGCAUGGAGACGGACUUGAGAGAUGAGAAUCUACGUGGCUUUGUGACCAGCGGCUUUUCGAGCUUAAGCUUGGCUCUGGGGACACUGGGUCCCAUUGGUGUGAUCAACGCGCUCGAGGUCAAGUGGAACAUUGACGCGGAACGGGGACCCAGUACUCAGGUCAAAUGGGAUGAUUAUUUCCAGGGGAGAGAGGACUUUAUUGUAUUCUAA